UGGUGGUUUGUCCAGCAUUAACGCGCAUGUCUACCGCGGAGUAUUAUGGGUGUCAGUGAGGAAGUAAAAUGGCGGACCUGGCAAACGAAGAGAAACCUGCCAUAGCCCCACCCGUGUUUGUGUUCCAGAAAGAUAAAGCACAGAAGAGACCAGCAGAAGGUUCCAGUGCAGAAGAUGGAGAAGACUCUGAUAAAGAUGAGAGUAGUUACUGUCCCCCAGCCAAAAGAGAAAGAAGGUCAUCAAUAACACAGUUUCCACCUGCCCAUUCAGUUUCUAAGAACAAUGUGUUCAUGCCAUCCAGUUUCUGUCAGUCCCCGACAGGAAAUAAUAAUUCGGAUUCAGAGCCUGAAGAGAAGAUGGUUGGGUUUCGCCUGAAGCCCCCAACCCUGAUCCAUGGACAGGCUCCUAGCGCAGGCGUCCCGAGCCAGAAGCCCAAGGAGCAGCAGCGCAGCGUCCUACGACCAGCAGUUCUGCAGGCUCCGCCAGCCAUCAAAUCACUAAGUCAGACAGGGUUGAACAGUGGUACAAACGGAGUGAACAGGUCAUCUGAGGGUCUACCAGUCACUCAGAACAGCACAGAGAACUGCGAUGGCUCCACAGUUGACAGAACCAAGUCACAGGAGAAGAGGAGCGAGAGGGAUGAGAGCAGGAGAGGAGAGCAAACAUUUUCUCCUAUGGAAUCCACAUUUGUAUUUGGCCAGAAUGUCAAAGACAGAGCCAAGGUCAUAGAAAGCAGUGAACUGAAAGGCUCUCCAUCAGCAGAAUCAGGGGAAACUAAUUAUUUCCUACAAUACAUCAGUACUCCCAGUUUACACAAGGCUGAGAACAACACUGACGAUGGGGCUAAGUUUGUGUUUGGACAGAACAUGUCUGAUCGUGUCCUGAGUCCGCCGAAAUGUGAGCAAGCAGCAGAGGGCAGUACAGAUCCCCAGCCCCCCCCUCCCUGUGACCCCCCCUUACAGGACAGCAGCUCAGAGAAAGAUAACAGUGUGACAGAGUCCUUGGAGGAGUCGGCAGCGGCCUACACCAAAGCCACAGCCAAGAGGUGUUUGUUAGAGAAGGUAGAGGUCAGAACUGGGGAAGAGUCGGAGAGUAAUGUUCUACAGGUCCAGUGCAAGUUAUUUGUGUUUGACAAAGCAUCCCAGUCGUGGGUGGAGAGAGGCAGAGGACUGCUGAGGCUCAACGAUAUGGCCUCCACAGAAGAGGGAUUGUUACAGUCCAGGCUUGUGAUGAGGACCCAGGGCAGUUUACGUCUGAUCCUCAACACCAAGCUGUGGCCCCAAAUGCAGGCGGACAAGGCAAGCGAGAAGAGUGUCCGCAUCACAGCCAUGGACACUGAGGACCAGGGAGUCAAGGUCUUCCUCAUAUCGGCGAGCUCUAAGGACACUGGGCAGCUGUACGCAGCGCUGCACCACCGUAUUCUGGCUCUGCGGAGCCACUCGGACCAGGAGCCAGAGCCCCGGGCCCCCAUCCCGGAUAGCCACAUCCCUCAUCCCCAGUCCAACGAGGAGGACAGUGACGAGGAUGACCCACUCACAUCCACUGCCAACACCACAGAGGAGCCAGAGACACCGGCUGCCGGGAGUGGCGGUGGGUCCUCAUAGCGCCUGCCAACCUUCAUCUACCCAUACGCUGUAGUCAGGACCCCCAGGGCACCCCCAGGGACCCCUACGGCCAGCAUUUCCCCAGGGGUCACAGUGCAGCUCCAGGAAGGAUCCUUGGCAGGUGUUACUUAACUCUGUGCAGUUCACACUCUCUGCAUUCACAGUAUAUCCUGGAUGGAUGGUCUUUUUAUUUCUUUAUUUUUUUUAACCUUUUAGAACUGAAAAAAAAAAAAUUUUGGUUUGUGAAUUGGAUGCUCAUCAUAUUGAUGAGUAAGAGAGUGUGGGAGCUAAUGAGACAUCAGUUUCCUUCUCUCGCCCAUGUAAGUACAUUCUAAAGAGUUUGCCGUUAAAAGUGGGACCUCUUUAUCCACCUUGCAAGAGAACAGACCUCAGGCACUUCAAAUCCAGUGGGGCUUGUAUUUUGUUCAGAGAGGUAAAGAUCGAGUUGCUUAGUUGCUAAGUUUGUUUAUAAAUUCUAUUUUUUUUUUUUUUUUUUUUUUUUUUUUUUUACUGAGGAGUGUCUGAACUCUUCAAGUUUUAUUUUUAUAAGGUGAAAUGCUUGCACAUGCUCUAGCUUGGAUUAGUAUGUCAAUACCUCCUUUGGCCACUGUUUUUUAGUCUUUAAUCCAUAUUGUAAUUUAUUUUUGACCACAAAUCGUUUAAAAUAGAAUCCCUUGUGCAAACACUUGCUUUGAUGUUUGUAGCCAUAAAAGAUUGAAUAAAUAAUAACAUUCAAUAAUGGAAUUUACUUGUUUAUUAUUAUGAUUAUUGAUACAUAAGACAUUUUUAUUGAUAGUUCAUAUCCACUUUUUAAGUUCAUCCUAAAAUGUUCUGCAAAUAAAUGAGCUAGUUGGAUUUGAUAGUUUUACAACAUGUUUGCACCAUGACCCUAAACAUUUCCCCUGGAUAUAGCCAUUAGAUGUAUUCAUUUUACAAAAUAUAUUUUAGAUAAAAAAAAAAAAAAAAAAGAUCAUCUUUCCAAAUGUAUAUUGAAUAAACCCUUUAUGUUCGAGUUGUUUACAAUGCUUUACGUAGUUUGCUAUAAAUAAGUUCCACAAGACUUUGUUCAUAACAUCCACAAUCUCUAAAUCAGAAAGACCAUUGCAAAACAUGUUUACCAAUGUCUUUUUGAUUAUUCAGAAAGGCCAAUAUAAUUACUUAUAGGUUACAGUGUUGACAUUCGGUUUUCCUAUCAUGCCUUUAUUUACAUCUAUCCUGUGUGGGUUUGACAUCAAAUCCCUACAAAAUGCACAUGUACUCUCAGAUCAACUAAUGCUGCCAUUUAAUUCAUAUAGCUAUAGCAAUUGGAACAGGUGGUACUAUGUGCACUUGACAGGAAGGCUACAUGGAUGGUGUUUCUCACCAAGUCUGGGGCUGAGCCCUCUCUCAAAGGCUCUGGUUUUGUCUAUUUUAAACAGAUCCUUUAAAGAGAAGUAGAUAACUACAGUGGUAUUUCCUUCAGUGAAGUGUAGCACCUCUUGUUUUAAGCCUUUUUCUUCCUCAUAUCAGUGGAAUGAGUAAUAUCUCGGAACUGUUGUAUUAUAGUGUGCUCCUUUUUAAUGUUCUACAAGCCUUUGAUGUGAAAAUACGUAUUUUUAACAACAAAAAAGCAUACCAAGAAAACAUUUAAAAAAAUUUACAAAUUAUAAAAUGAAAAAAAUAACAGGCAAGUAAAAAUAUUGUUGUUUAAAAUGUAUAAAUACCGUAAUGUAUAUUAUUGAACAAGCAGCCUUUAAGCAUAAAAAAAGGAUGCCCUUCUUUAUUUUGUACUCUUCACAGCAGUCUGUAGAAAACUCACUGUGUAGUGUGCUUUGUAUGUUUGUGUUCUCUCCAUUCUUCACAUUCUGCUUAUGUAGCUACAAACAUAGGACUUCUCCUCUGGAAAUAGGGCUCAGACAUGAAUGUAUGGCUUUUUGUCUCUGUUUAAAGGGCCAGGGGCCGACGUUCUUCAGCACUUUUCCUUCUCUGUGGUAUUUCUCCCAUCAAUAUGAAUUAUUAAAUGUUUGUAAAUGCAAAUUAACUGGGGCUGUCCAUUGAUCAAAUGUCAAAGGUGGUCAAUGAUGUGUUGAAUGUUGUUUGCUGGGAGGUGACUGCAAGACAAAAAUACAUUUUUGUUAAGUUAUAUUUUUGUUGCUGAAUUUUCUGUCAUAUCUGCUUAGUUCCCUCAAAUGUCUACAUAUUUUCUUGAGUUAACUGUUCAUGUUCCAUAACCUGGUGCUAUUCUGUUGCAGUUCCUAUCACAAUCCAGUGUUGGUAUUCCUUUAUACUGAGAUCAAAAUGGUACAUAUUUGAAUGAAAGUCAGUUGGUGAGGAUUUUAUGAAACCUGGUUGACACAGAUGAGCCUUGUCGCUAUUGUACAACAGUACCGGUCUCAUACUGUAUUUGUGACUGGAAUGUUUUCAUCUCUUUUGCUUUUGCCACUAAACAUGCAAUUAAGGUCUUCAAUAUAUUAGCUAAUAGUUAACAUGUAGUGUCAUUCCUGCUUGUUGUGAUUGGUCCAGUAGAGCAGAGAUCUGGUUGUGGAGAAGGUGUAUCAGAGAGAUGCAAGGGAUCAGAUGUGUUACAAAAAAGGUUAGAAAUGUGUUUAAAAGGUCAGAAAUAGCUUUUUUUUUUUUUUUUUUAAGGUAUAAUGAGAGGAAAUCUUACAAAUCAACUAUCCUCUUUCCAGUGGUCCGCAACUGUAACAGAGACAUGUAGAGAUUGACCAAACUUAUAAAGGCAAAUGUGCAUGUCAUUGUUGAACCUUUUCAACAAUGCCUACAUUGUUAUCAGUCAUUUUGGUGUCACCCAGUACAUGUGGAACAAGGGCAAAGAUGGAGUCAUGCCAUAGUAAUAGACAGGCUGAACAGGUCACAGCAUUGUCAUACACAAACUCAACAUUCAGUCAACACACACUGAGAUCCAGUACUUCACCAUUCACCCCUGUUGAAGUGUUAUACAACCCCUCCACUGAAAAAAGCCCUCUGCCAGUCCCCUGCUUUCUGUUGUUUUGUACAGCUGUCAGGGCAUAUACUAUAUGCAGUAUAUUUUUCACCAAACUAAUGCAUUUACUCAAUGGAAGACCUCAUUGUAAUAACAUCAGUACUGGUGUCAGAUGUCAUUGACACGUUAGCCUUUUGAUUCUCCUUGUUGUUUUUCGAUUGAGAGUUUGAAGGACAUCAAAGAAAGACUGUAAAUGUCAACAUGCCCCCCCCCC